CUGGUCUUCAAUGUCACAUUUGUUGUGUGUGCAGUAACUUGAGUUCUGACAGCGAAUUUGUGUCUCAACAUAUUAAAUAUGUAUAAAUUAAAUAGCGUAUUAGUUGGUUCUGUGAAUAACGUUUGCCGACAGCUGUCUGCCUCCUUCAAUACAAUCGGAAGCUCUCGCAAAGUGUUCAAUGGUUGUGAAAGCGUCGGGUUGUUGCAGAGAACCCUGUGCACCAGUGCAGUGCGGCGUCAGGAGACCGCAGCAUCCACCACCAGCUCUGCGAAAACCUCCAGAGACUCCAGCAUUUUCCCUCCAAUAAUUGGCGAGGAGAGUCCACUAAGAUGGGGUGGGAAGAGGUUUGAGGAGCUACCAAUCGCUCACGUUAAAGCGACAUACAACAACACCCACAUCCAGCUGACGGAGAGCACGGGGCAGUCCAUGGUCAGGACGUCCUGCGGAACCGAGGGCUUCAAGAACAUCAAGAAGUCGACGCCCAUCGCCGCUCAGACUGCGGGCAUCUCGGCCGCCGCGAAAGCCACAGCGAAGGGAGUGAAGUUUGUGCGCGUUGUGGUCAAAGGUCUUGGGCCUGGACGUCUGUCGGCCAUCAAAGGCUUGACGAUGGGCGGCCUGGAGGUGAUAUCCAUCACAGACAACACGCCCGUGCCGCACAAUGGAUGCCGGCCGCGCAAAGCCAGGAGGACGUGAUCCCCAACCAGAAGAGCAAGUGGUUGUGAUAUCGUUUGCUAAUAAAAGGUGUUUUUUGUUGUGGAA